GUGACAGAGCUCUAUUCCUGUAUUCUCCCUGUCUGACUAUGGCUGCCGCUCUGUGCUUCUCUGCUGUUACCCGGUCUCGGCUCUGCUGCCGCAAAGUACUCUCCAUCACCCCCCACCGAGCCCCUCGGCCCUUGGCAUCAACCAGGGGCUACAGCCGGACAGAGGAUGACCCUGCCCUGGGACAGAGGGGACCCCCCAAACUGCGCUUCGCCAAGCUGUCAGACCAUGCCUUCACCCCCACCAGGGGCUCCGCCAAGGCCGCCGGCUAUGACCUGUACAGUGCAUAUGAUUAUUUAAUACCUGCCAUGGACAAAGCUGUGGUGAAAACUGAUAUCCAAAUAUGUGUUCCCACUGGUUGUUAUGGAAGAGUAGCUCCCCGAUCAGGUUUGGCUGCUAAGUAUUUCAUUGAUGUUGGAGCUGGUGUGGUGGAUGAGGACUACAGAGGAAAUGUUGGGGUUGUAUUAUUUAACUUUGGUAAAGAACCUUUUGUAGUGAAAAAAGGGGACAGAGUGGCUCAGUUAAUAUGUGAGAGGAUUGUAUAUCCUGAUCUUGAUGAGGUCAACGUUUUAGAUGACACGGAGCGUGGCGCUGGUGGGUUCGGCUCAACUGGUCAAAAUUAAGCUCGGAUUUUUAAUGUUUGUUACGGAAAAAUGUAUAAUAAAGUAUUGCUUUUAUACUAAA